AUGACAACCCCCAAGAGGCUCAAGUGCUCAGGGGCCGACCCCAUUGAAGCCUUAUAUACUGGCAGGAGUGAUUCUUGAUUCUCAGUGUUCAGUAUGUCCACACCUACAACUUUAUACGAUAUACCCUCGAUUGCCUCGGGCAAAGCCUGGUCCCCUAGUGUCUGGAAAGCCAGAUACGUUCUCAAUUACAAGGGCUUACCCUAUCAAACAGAAUGGGUCGAAUACCCUGACAUCGAACCGCUCUACGGGAAAAUCAGGGUGAAAAGCCACAUUACUAAGCCCGAUGGUGUAACACCCUAUUACACUCUCCCUGUCCUCCACGACGCGUCAACCGGAGCUGUCAUAUCUGACUCAGCCGAGAUUGUGCGAUACCUUGAUAAAACCUAUCCUGAUACGCCCACCAUCAUCCCCUCUGGAACCGACGCAUUCCAUUAUGCUUUCAAUGAAGCUCUAGAAAACAAUUUCAGUGCACUUUGGCACAAAGGGUUCUUCAGGGACACCAAGGAGAAGAAUACAUUUAAGGGGAGGACAUUCAAGGAAGUGGCUCCAAAGGGCGCCGAUAAGGAGAGGGAGAAGAUCGAUGCCUGGAUGAAGGAGGAUGACAAGUACUUCAUGGGAGACAUCAUUUCCUACGUGGAUUUCACUAUCAGCGCGUGGCUCUUGUGGAUCCCCAUUGUUUAUGGGGCAGAUAGCAAGGAAUGGAAGGAUAUAUUGACUUGGCAUAAAGGAAGAUGGGGAGCCUUGGUAAAGAACCUCGAGAAAUAUGAAGUCGUCAUAUAG